AUGUUUGACAUGUGUUUCAACAGCAAUGGCCCGAGCCGCCCGUCCAGAUCCUGUCGGGUAAUAUCAUGGAUGAACCGGCUGAAGAUAGCUAAAAACCAAAGAGAGAAGAUCUUUCAAAAUAUGAUCAGUCUUGUGCAAUGGACAAAUCCGGUCCACAGCCCCCUUCUUUCUCAUUGGAUGCAUCCUGGAUAUUGUUUGAGAAGGCCAAGCCUGGGCAAGAUCUGGAACCCCUGGCCACAAGCCUGCAAGAUCCUCCGUCCCAAAGUUUCCGCUGAACGACAUGAUAUACUGGAUGGUAUUUUGCUGGUAACGUCACUGAGCGCGGACAUCAGGGUUUCAAUCCGGACUGACUCUUCUCCAGUGAUUGGUCGGACGGUCAUGUACAUCCUGAAAGUUUGUCUCGACAUUUGGCAAAUUUUUCGACGGUCAAGUCAACACAACGAAGCAUAA